AUGCCAUCGUCCAUCGCGAUGUUUCACAUUAGACAUCUGAACACCACAGCAAUCAUCAAGAAGGCCCAGCAGAGGCUUCACUUCCUGAGAGUUCUCAGGAAGCACAAUCUGGACUCCAGCCUGUUGCUGACCUUCUACCGCGUGUCCACUGAGAGUCUGCUGACAUAUUGCAUCACAGUAUGGUAUGGUAGCUGCACCAUGGCAGACAGAGAGAGGCUUCAGAGGCUGAAUGUGUCAGACUGCAGUAUCACUGAAGAAGGUUAUAAAGCUCUGGCUUCAGCUCUGAGAUCAAACCCUUCACACCUGAUAGAGCUGGAUCUCACAGGAAAUGAUCCUGGACAAUCAGGAGUGAAGGAGCUCAGUGAUUUACUACAGGAUGGACUCUGUUCAUUAAAGACCAUCAGGUUUUUGAAAAGUCCUGCUGCAGAGGAAGUGUGUGAGUAUCUCACUGGAGUUCUGGGUAAAAGUCCAUUACUACUGAAAGAACUGGAUCUGAGUGGAGAUAAAUUAGGAGAUCUGGAUGGGGAGAAACUCUCUGCUCUUUUGAUGGACUCUCAUAGCAAACUGGAGAAAAUAAUGCUGAAUAAUUGUGAUCUGACAGAGAAAAGCUGUUCAGUUCUAGCUACUGUUCUCUCCUCCAAAACCAUCCUGAAAGAGAUGAACCUGAACAACAGUCGUCUGCUGGAUUCAGGAGUCAAAGAGAUCUGUGAGGGACUGAAGAAUCCUGUGUGUGAGCUGAAGAUACUGAAUCUGUGUAGAUGCAGUAUGACAGAGAAACAGUGUCUCAUCCUGACUUCAGCUCUGAAAUCAAACCCAUCACACCUGAGAGAACUGAACCUGAGCUGGAAUAAACUAGGAGACUCUGGAGUGAAAAACCUCAGUGAUCUACUGAUGAACACACAAUUCAAGCUGGAGAAACUAGAAUUAAGCUGCUGUGAAAUGACAGAUGAAGGUUGUUCUGCUGUGACUUCAGCUCUGAAAUCAAACCCAUCACACCUGAGAGAACUGAACCUGAGCUUGAAUAAACUAGGAGACUCUGGAGUGAAAAACCUCAGUGAUCUACUGAUGAACACACAAUUCAAGCUGGAGAAACUAGAAUUAAGCUGCUGUGAAAUGACAGAUGAAGGUUGUUCUGCUGUGACUUCAGCUCUGAAAUCAAACCCAUCACACCUGAGAGAACUGAACCUGAGCUUGAAUAAACUAGGAGACUCUGGAGUGAAAAACCUCAGUGAUCUACUGAUGAACACACAAUUCAAGCUGGAGAAACUACAUCUGUGUAGAUGCAGAAUUACAGAGAAACAGUGUCUCAUCCUGACUUCAGCUCUGAAAUCAAACCCAUCACACCUGAGAGAACUGAACCUGAGCAUGAAUCAAAUAAAAAACACAGGAGUGAAUCACUUAUGUGACAUACUGAAGGAUUCACACUGUAAACUGGAGAGAUUGAGACUUUCAGACUGCAGUAUCACUGAAGAAGGUUAUAAAGCUCUGGCUUUAGCUCUGAGAUCAAACCCUUCACACCUGAUAGAGCUGGAUCUCACAGGAAAUGAUCCUGGACAAUCAGGAGUGAAGGAGUUCAAUGAUUUACUACAGGAUCCAAACUGUCAACUUAAGACACUGAGGUUUUUGGGUCCUGCUGCAGAUGAAGCCUGUCAGUAUGUGACUGGAAUUGUGGGUAUAAACCCGUUACUCCUGAGAGAGCUGAAUCUGAGUGAACAUGAACUAGGAGACACACGAGUGAAUCAGAUCGCUGCUCUACUGCAGGAUAAACACUGUCAACUCAACACACUGAUUCUGAAUAACAACUGUAUCACAGAAGGAGGUUGUCAUGUUCUGGCUGCAGCUCUAAAUUCAAACCCUUCAAAUCUGACAGAGCUGGAUCUGAGUGAGAAUAAACUAGGAAACCCAGGAAUGAAGAUCAUCUUGACUCUGUUUGAAAAUGUACAGUGUAGACUGGAAAAGCUGAAGUUAAAGUGCAUCAGUAUUACAGAUGAAGGUUGUGCUGCUCUGGCAUCAGCGUUUCAUUCAAACCUCAGAGAGCUGGAGCUGAGCAGGAAUCAAAUAGGAGACUCUGGAGUGACAGAAAUUUCCAGUCUGCUGAGAAAUUCACAGUGCACACUACAGAUACUCAGACUUUCAGACUGCAGUAUCACUGAAGAAGGUUAUAAAGCUCUGGCUUCAGCUCUGAGAUCAAACCCUUCACACCUGAUAAAGCUGGAUCUCACAGGAAAUGAUCCUGGACAAUCAGGAGUGAAGGAGCUCAAUGAUUUACUACAGGAUGGACUCUGUUCGUUAAAGACCAUCAGGUUUUUGAAAAGUCCUGCUGCAGAGGAAGCAUGUGAGUAUCUCACUGGAGUUCUGGGUAAAAGUCCAUUACUACUGAAAGAACUGGAUCUGAGUGGAGAUAAAUUAGGAGAUCUGGAUGGGGAGAAACUCUCUGCUCUUUUGAUGGACUCUCAUAGCAAACUGGAGAAAAUAAUGCUGAAUAAUUGUGAGCUGACAGAGAAAAGCUGUUCAGUUCUAGCUACUGUUCUGUCCUCCAAAACCAUCCUGAAAGAGAUGAACCUGAACAACAGUCGUCUGCUGGAUUCAGGAGUCAAAGAGAUCUGUGAGGGACUGAAGAAUCCUGUGUGUGAGCUGAAGAUACUGAAGUGAGUACAUUUCACCAACAGCUACACUCAA